CUGGCUGGCUGUUUGGAGAAGGUAACAUCAUGGCGUCGGGAGCAGGACAGUCGACCAGCGGACACGAUGCAGAAUUGGACGAAUUAUUGGACAGUGCGCUCGAUGACUUUGACAAGGCAUCCGCCCCUCCAGCACCUGAACCUGCAGCUGCUUCCUCUUCAGCCAGCAGCGGUGCAGAGAAGCCGCCCCUGCUUGAAGACUGCAAGCUCUUCGAGACUCUCUUUGAGGGGGACAUGGCUGCCCAGGCCAAGGAGGAGUGGGAGAAGGCCAUGACAGAGCUGGCACAGGAGGAGCCAGAGCUACUGCAGCACUUCCAAAAACUGUCAGAGGCUGCAGGCAAAGUUGGUACUGACACCGCCUCCCAGCAAGAAUUCACUUCUUGUCUUAAAGAAACUCUCCGUGGUUUGGCCAAAAAUGCAGACAACCUGCAGACCACAGGACUCGCUGGAGACGACCUUGUUAAGGCUCUGGAAGGCCUGGGGUUGGAGGAGGGAGGCGAAGGAAGUGGUGAGGAGGGAAACAUCCUGCCCAUCAUGCAGUCCAUCAUGCAGAAUCUUCUCUCUAAGGAGGUGCUAUAUCCAUCUCUCAAAGAGAUCACAACCAAGUACCCAGAGUGGCUGGAAGCCAACAAGCCAAGCCUUAGUUCAGAGGACUACCAGCGCUAUGAGCAGCAGGCCAAGAUCAUGGGAGAGAUCUGUAAGCUGUUUGAGAAGGAGGAGCAGGGGGCAGCAGACAAAGAAAGCACGUUCGAGAGCAUCAUGGACCUGAUGCAGAAGCUCCAGGAUCUUGGCCAACCUCCUAAAGAGUUAGCAGGUGAUGCGCCUCCCGGGUUUAACUUUGACAUGGAGUCCCUCAACCUCCCAGGAGGCCCCGGGGCCGGCGCAGCAGAGCAGUGCUCCAUCAUGUGACGAGGAGGCGGCAGCGUCCACCACAAGCACCGAAGGGUCCCUCUGAGUGUGUCAGCUGCAGGAAGGGAUGACAGAGUGUGAAAUAAAGGUCAGGCAGGAGUAUGACCGGACCGUCGAUACUGUUCUCCCUCAAAAAGAAAAAGAAGAAGGAAGGUGUGUGGAAACAUAAACAACAGGAGGAGGCAUGAAACACCAACAGGAACCACACACACAAACACUCUCUUCUCUGUAAAAUCACUGAACAUCUUUGCAUUAGUUCAUCAGCGGUUGACACAGCUCCUUCACAAUGUAGUUUUAACGCAAUUCCUAUAAGAAGAAAAUCCCACUGCCGUUGUUUUUACAUACUGUUUAGCCUCUUGGUGAAAUCUAUCAAGCCACUUCACGGGUAUGAGCAGUGCCUUUGCAAAAUAACUUUGAGUUCUGGUUUAAGGUCUCAUCAUAAGGUGAAAAUUCUGCUAUCAUUCAACUGAACACUUCAGAUCAUAGUUUAAAAAUAGUGUCAAUUUGCAAUUUCAUCCCAGGUUUAUACCAAGUAAGUGAUCAUUGUUUUGGUAUUUUACUAAACCUAACAACUGUACAGAACUGAACUUAACAAACGAACUAAUAAUGUGCAAGAAAACUGGAUAAAGUGAGUGUACAUUUGUUAAUUAUUUAAACAAUUAAAAAGAUUAAAGAGGAGCUAAAGCCUCGUGAAAAAUUCCCAGCACCUUUUUGUAACUCAGCCAGCCAAUUUAACGAGACCCAUUCCCUGCGUGUUAUUCCCCAUUCCUGAGUAUUGAUUUGAAGUGAUUGAGAUGAUGAUUCCCGGAUGCCUUUGCUGUGGUUACAGUGAUCAUUAUAGUGUAGAGUUACUGUGCAAAGUGCUUCCCCCGUGAUUCCCAGUGUUGUUAAUGUGCAGGACGAUGUUUUCUUUUGGUAUGGGGUCCCUGCGAGGAAAGAAAAACACCCAAGUGGUAUUUCAGAGUGUUUAUCUUCUGAUAGUAUGAGCAUAUGUCCAUUAAAAGUACAUCAUGUUCUUUCCACAAGCAGGCAGAAGAGUAAACAUCACAUGAGGAGAGAAACAUGCCAUUAAUUCAUGCAGAUACUCUGUUGGGGAAGACAUCAGCAGCCUGAUGUUAGCACUUUUUUGGCGAUGGUUGCUGGGUUUGUUUACCCCAGUGGACAAAUGGUUACCUCUAACUAUAGAGAAAGGCCUAGAAAUCACACGAGCGUCAGCCCAUCAAUAACUGUAUGAUAAAGGGGUACUGUGAAAGGACUCGGUCAGCCAUGCACUGAGCAGAGAUCAGAUUUACAUGAAACACAGCUGAGGGGAGGCUGCUGUGGAGGUUUAUGAAGACUCGUGGUUUUCAUCACGAGGUCGAGGUCCGAUCUAUUCAACUCUCAGGGCUGAUGAAAACGUGUCCACUGCACUGUUAGAAAAUACAACCUGUUAUUUGACACUAUUUUGUUUUGUAAAUAUAAGAAAUUAAAUGAUACAAUGCCAUG